AUGUCCUCGGGAUUACUGCGACGCAAAGCGGCGACGCAGCAUGAUGCUGCGUUAUACGAAGACGAAGAUCAACCUGCAAGUUCUGGACCUAAUCCCCCGCGUCGUAAUGCACAAAAUGCACCGAUUGUCGAGCGCGUAGCCGGCACGGGCUCCGUUGCGGCGGUAGAUCCGCGCUCCGGGCACCGUUUUGCGUACGAUCCGCGCGAUGUGAAUGAUGAGGUUGAGUCUCGCAUCCAUCCACGACUCACAUUGAUGGAAGAGAUUUUUUUGUUGGGUCUCAAAGAUAAGCAAGGCUACUUGUCCUUUUGGAACGAUACCAUUUCUGUCACAUUGCGUGGCUGCAUCCUCUUGGAACUUGCAUUUCGCGGUCGAAUCGGCAUUUCGCGCGCUGAGCUUACACGAUCGUGCAUUUCCGAUCGAACUGUCGACGUGCUCGAUACACGCAAUACCGGAGAACCACUGCUGGACGAGACGCUUCGCGUCAUCAAGGCAAAUCCGCCAGCGAGCGUGUCAGAAUGGAUCAGUCUGCUUACGGGCGAGACAUGGAACGUGCUUAAGCUGAAUCUGCAGUUGAAGCAGGUCCGCGAGCGCCUCGCCAAAGGACUGGCCGACAAAGGCGUCUUGCGCACGGAAAAACGCAAUUUUUUGCUUUUCGAUAUGCCGACGCACCCGCUUGCGGAGCGUGGACAAAAAGAUGCGCUUUUGCGGCGGCUCUAUGCAUUCAUUGGAUGUCCUGCCCAGACGCUGCACCCCCCCACAUUAUAUGCCGAGGCGGGCGAUAUACAACUGCGCGUCACACGCACGCUCUGCAUGGUAUGCUGUGCGUACACCGCCAAUGUGCUGGAAAAUCCGCUCGCGCACCUUCCGUAUGCGCAACACGAACAUGCUCUCACACGCGCCGCCGAUCUUCUAAGCGAGUUUGGGCGGUGGCCCAUGGCGCCGGAAUCGCCUGGAGGCGGCGUUCCAGCGCAGAGCACAGUGCCCUCCGCACCAAAACACGGCACAUCCAAGCGGCGCAAGCAGGAGAUGGGCGUCGCGAGUGCCGACGUCGCGCGCGCAAUGCAGCACGAGUUUGCAGAGUAUGGGACCGAGACGCAAUUCAAGCUCAUCGCCGCCGUGCUACUGGAAUUCUCGCGAAUGGACUCGCUACUGUGA